UGUGGCGGCGGGCUCGCGCUGAUGAGAGCGUGAGCAGCGGCGGCGGCGCGCGCACAGACGCACACACACACGCUCUCUGCCCAAACAAAGAGAAGCACGCGAGGCAGCACCAGCAUCCCAGCCUUCAUCUUCUGCGUCGGAACCGGACCGAGUCCACAGAAGCACCAUGACAACCAACGGAGCCGCUAACGGAACCAGCGACAUGCUGCAGAUCCAGUUCGGCCUGAUCAACUGCGGGAACAAGUACCUGACAGCGGAGACGUUCGGCUUCAAGAUCAACGCCUCCGCCAGCAGCAUGAAGAAGAAGCAGAUCUGGACCUUGGAGCAGAGCGGUGACGAGGCCAGCGGGAACGUUUUCUUCCUCAAGUCCCAUCUGGGCCGCUACAUGGCCACAGACAAGGACGGGAACGUCACGGGCGACCGCGAGACCCCCGGUUCCGAUUGCCGCUUCGUCAUCACCGCCCACGAUGACGGCCGCUGGUCCCUGCAGUCCGAGCCCUUCGGCCGCUACCUGGGUGGCACCGAGGACCGGAUCAUCUGCUUCGCGCAGAGCGUGUCGGUGGCGGAGAAGUGGAGCGUCCACAUCGCCAUGCACCCGCAGGUCAACAUCUUCAGCGUGACCCGCAAGCGGUACGCGCACCUGAGCGCCAAGGUGGACGAGAUCGCCAUCGACCGGGACGUGCCGUGGGGCGUGGACUCCAUGAUCACGCUGGUGUUCCGAGAGCAGCGCUACCAUCUGCAGACCUCUGAUAACCGCUUCCUGCGCAAUGACGGCUCGCUGGCGGCCGCCGCCGACCGGAGCACCGGCUACACGCUGGAGUUCCGCUGUGGCAAGGUGGCGUUCAGGGACUGCAGCGGCCGCUACCUGGCCCCCUCCGGACCCUCCGGAACCAUGAAGUCCGGGAAGAGCGGCCGUGUGGGGAAGGACGAGCUGUUCGUGCUGGAGCAGAGCCACCCGCAGGUGGUGCUGACCGCGGCCAACGAGAGGAACGUCUCGACCCGGCAAGGCAUGGACCUGUCUGCCAACCAGGAUGAGGAAGGAGACCAGGAAGUUUUCCAGGUGGAGAUCUGUCGUGAAAACAGGAAGUGUGCCUUCCGGACAGCUGCGGGGAAAUACUGGACCCUGACUCCGACCGGGGGUCUGCAGUGCACCGCCUCCAGCAAGUCGGCUAACUGCUACUUCGACAUCGAGUGGCGCGGGAAGAGAGUGACUCUGCGGGCAGCAAACGGCAAAUAUGUCGCCGCCAAGAAAAACGGCCAGCUAGCUGCUUCCAUCGACUCGGCCGGUGAGACCGAAGAGUUCAUCAUGAAGCUGAUCAACCGCCCCAUCAUCGUGCUGCGCGGCGAGCACGGCUUCAUCGGCUGCCGGAAGGUGACGGGCACGCUGGACUCCAACCGCUCCUCCUACGACUACUUCACCCUGGAGUUCAGGGACGGUGCCUACAGCCUGCAGGACUCCACUGGGAAGUACUGGAUGGUGGGGAACGAGCAGGCUGUGGUCAGCAGCAGUGACACGCCCGUCGACUUCCUGCUGGAGUUCUGCGACUACAACAAGGUGGCGGUGCGCCACGUUGCUGACGGCAAGUAUCUGCGUGGCGACCACGCCGGCGUGCUGAAGGCCAACGCCGAGGACCUGGAGUCUGCUACGCUGUGGGAGUACUGAGGAGGCCAGCCAGCACCGCCCCCCUCCUCACGCCUGCCUGAUCUCCACACACCAAACGUGUCGAUGAACUGCACCGAGAGACGAGACGACGCCUCUCUUCCCAGCCCUCUGCUCCUCUAGCUCUGCAGUAUCUGUUGCUAUAGUUACUAUGGGGCUGUGCACUUUUUCUGCUCCCACUCGUCCUCUGGUUUACUGCUGUCACUCACUCCCUCCUCGCCCCUCCCCCUCCGGUAACCCAGAACAGAGUAGCCAUGUUGGAAGAGCCCCUCCUCUUCCAGUGAACUCCUUGUGUGUCUCCUCGUCUGUGUUGUCUGUGUCCAACCUCCUGUGCUAGAAAAAGGGCGUUUGGUUUGUGGCUCCUGUCUGUGUCUGGAGGGCGUUGGCGUGCGACUGGAGAGUGUGUGGGACCACGUUCUCGACAGGUGCGAGCGCUGCCUUGUUCAUCUCGAUUGUAAAUUAUAGUUUCCUGUCUUGUCCUUGAAGCUGUGUUCUCCCUGGUCAGCGGGGCGUUCAGCAGGAUGUAGGAAGUUGGAAUUCUUGUCCCGCCCGCCGCUGCAGGCUAUUGUCCCAUGACAAAUCUACACGUUUACCACGCUCAUAAGCCUCGACACAGAUUCAAUUCCUUUGUUACGUCCAAGGCACAGACAUUAUCAUGAGUACAGUCGGUAACCGUAGCAACUAGAGUGAUCUAUAGACCCUUUUGAAAGCUGCUUUCACCAAACCCAGACCUCAAAAAUCCUUCCAUUCGCCAACAUCUCCUGACUCAACUGGAACUUGGUGCUAUCAUCUCCAAACAAGUGCCACAAUACUGGAUCCAAAUGAUGGGAACAUCAGCGUUCAUUGUCUUGCUUCCACAACACGUCAUGACCCCUCAAGAUGAUCCAUCCUCCGAGUCUGAAUCCACCCAUUCAUCUCAUCGUCCGCCUGCUCCUCGUUGUUUCACCAAGGCUUGAGAGUCUCUCAGUAAGUAGACGGAAGCUUAGGCAAGCGGAUGUGGAAGGGUAAAUAUGUGGUAAUGACUGUGCCUUACUCUAGAGUUUUUGGGGCAGUGGAAAAAAGAAAAGAAAAAUCCACAUCUUUGUUUUGUAUAACUGGAAUUUCCUUUUGUAUUAUUUUGUAUGUUUUUUUUAUACCGUGGAUUAAUCUCUCUCGUGCCAUUGGUUCACCUGAAGUCCAACAACCAAUAAAACUGGGAUUUGGAACAGAACGUGUCAUCCUUGGGUCACACUCGGGCUGAUGGGACCACGUCUGAAACAGCUGCCGGCGUGGAUCGCUAAGCAAAGAGACUUCCAGCUGUCAACCAGCAUCCUGUUCAGAGUGUCCCUGCUAGCUUAACAGGAGCAACUUUGGAACCUGGUGGAGGAGAAAUUAAUGAUUGAAAAACGUUGAGGUCAUGUGGCAGUCAGCAGACGCAGCAGCUGUCAUGGCCGAACUGUUCUCACGCUGCCGA